AUGUUAAUAGAAAGUGCGCGUCCAACUCGAACUGCUCAUGUUACCAAAACUACACCUGCACCUCCUCUUGCUAUCGGCAACCCUGGUCCACUUGGUCUUGGUGCUUUUGCUCUCACAACUUUCAUGCUUUCAGUAUUCAACGCUGGUUCCAACUUGAUCGACAGUCGUGUUGAAGCUGUAGUACUACCCGUUGCUUUAUUCUAUGGUGGCAUAGCUCAAUUCGCAGCUGGAAUGUGGGAAUAUCGUGUCAACAAUACAUUUGGUGCUACAGCAUUUACUAGUUAUGGUAGUUUCUGGAUGUCCUUUGCUGCCUAUGUUUACUUCAUUGUUCCUCAACUGGCAAGUACUGGUAAAGCACAUCAAGCAACAGGACUUUUUCUUCUUGCAUGGCUUAUUUUCACUUUUUAUAUGUGUAUUGCCUCUUUUCGUGUUUCACUACAAUUAUUCUUUCUAUUUGCUAUUCUUGUUGUAACAUUCAUACUUCUCAUUGUUGGAGCUCUUGCUGAAAAAAAAAUAGUAACAAAUGUUGGUGGUUGGUUUGGAAUAGUGACAGCAUUCGUUGCUUGGUAUGGUUCAGCAGCUGUCAUGAUCAAUACAACAUUUGGCCGCAAUAUAUUGCCUCUUGGAGUACGCACAGCUAAAGCGAAACAUUCGGAUUAA